ACCAUAUAUUAUACGAAAAUCGCAUGAAAACAGGAAAGUUAGCAUCAAUAAACUUCUAAACUCCCUGCUCACGUUAGGUGCCAGGUUUUACAGAAUAGAAAAAUGGAGUCGAGGGGGUGCCAAGAUCUUAAUCUGUCACAUGUUUCAGCCGACAUCUUGUGUGAAUUUCUGGAAGUAGCAGUUCAUCAGAUCCUGUACAUCAGAGAGCUCUAUCCCCUUGGGAUCUUUGAGAGGAAACAGAAGUACAAUGUCCCUGUUCAGAUAUCUCGGCAUCCAGAGCUGAACCAGUACAUUACAGACGCCGUCAUGGGUAUCAAACCACAUGUCAUCAAGGAUGAAGUCCAAUGUGUAACUGUCGUUAUUCUGAAUGCCAAACACAUUCCUGUAGAAAGAUUUGUCUUUGAAAUUGCCAGACCGUCGACGAACAAAAUUGAUAGUAUAGAGAACCGACUAGAGAGACUGGAGCAGAGUCUCAGAGCUUUCUUGCUGAGGCUUAAUACAUGUGAUGCAGUGCUCCAUUCACUCCCGCAAGAUUGCACAUUCUCCAUACUAGUUUAUACAAAGGGAUCUGCAACAAUGGAGUCACACGACAAGCAAGUACUACAGGAGUUUCCAUGGAUAGAGGCUGAUGAUCAUAUCUGUAAGAUGGAGAAUUCAACUCUUGUUCCACUCAAAGCUGUCUCAUCGGAUCUGUUGAAGAUGCAGCUCUACGUUGAAGAAGCCCCAUCUAAACUGGAGGUCAGGUGACACCAAGUACUGUGGUCAGGUGACACCAUGUGCUGUGGUCAGGUGACACCAUGUGCUGUGUGUGUAUUGUAGAGGACAUUCCUCCCAGGAAGUGAAUUAUUAUUCUGCUUCAUGACCAAAUGAAAGGGGACCAAUCACCUCAUUUAAUAAUUUAUGUACAGCUAGUAUGUAUAAAAUACACCCCACCCCCUCCCCGAAAGAAAUAUUAGACAAAUUACUAGAUAUUCUAUGGGUGAAGGAGUAUCAACAAGUAUGAAGAAAUUAAAUGGAUGGCAUGUCAGCCCUGCGCACAGAACCCCAGUCUUUUCACAUGUAUGCAUGUAGGGUUGCUGUUGAUUAAAUCCACCCACAAGAUCGAUACCUUCAUUGAGAGUGUUUGUAUACGCACUCAUAACUUUGCAAUUUCUCUGUUUACAGAAUUAAUAUUUGAAGUUGAUAUUUUGAAUAUACUGUAUUGGCAUGAACCCCAAAAUAUUAAGAGCAAAAUAUGUAUUUUUAUUUUUUGUGUGAUUGGUUCCCUUUUGUCGUCUUUCAAUUUUAUAACUCAUUAUUUUGUGUAGUAUAGAGCAAGGAUAUUCUGUUACAUGUAUAUGUAAUUGGGAUAUUGAAUGCAAAUAUGCUGGUGGUUCAAGGCAGCCAAGACAAAGGAGUCAUCGACUCUUGUAAAGUCAUCGACUCUUGUAAAACUUGAAAACUUGGAUGAAACCUUCACAAAUUUUGCUAGCGGGUCAUAUUUCAUGUUGCAAACCAAAUGACAACUGGCAAACACUUGCGAAAGUUUCUUUUUGCAAAAAACGGUCACUUUGAAAUUCACAUACCGGUAAAUGGCUAAUUGUUUACCAAUAUGCCAAAAAUUUCAUGUCACCAAAGUUUCUGGGUUUACUUCAAACUCUUCCCCUAUUGUCCAUCUUUUCUUCCAAACCUAUCGUCAUCUGUGUCCUCAUCUCACUAUUCCGUCUUCAUCUUUUAUCUCUUUCGUCUCAUUCUUCCUUUUCUAGGUAAUAAUCUACAACACAAAAUACAGUAUAUGGUUACCUCUUGAUUGUAAUAGAGAUUUUGUAACCACUUUAUGCAUUUUUUAUGUUCUGAAAUAUAUGUAUAUACUUGGUAUUAUAUUUUGUCAAAGGUUUAACUACGCAAAUGUGGGUAGAGAGGAGAAAAUGGAGAAAGUGGGUACCAGAUUGUCUUUCAUCAUGGUUUUCUCUUUCGAUUGCAACUGUUGAUUUUUAUUUUCCUUUAUGUGUCUGUACAGUCUGAACAUUGCCAGAGAUUUUUGUUUCUUUUUUUAUCAAGUGCCAGAAAGAUUUAUACGAGGUUGGCAAUGAAGACUAGAGAUGUAUGUAUGCUAUAGUGUUCUAUGAUAGCUUUUGUUUCUAAAUUGGUAAAGUUUGACAUUCAAACCAGAUGCAUGUAUAAAUAGGGUAUUGCUGUCAUAUUAAAGCUUUAAACGUGCACCUGAAGUUGUCAUGCAACCCAAAUUUUCUAAAAUAUAAUUCAAUAAUAAUAAUAUGCUAAUAUGAUAUAAAUAUAUGUAUAUAACAAUGAACAAUAAUAGUUCCUAACCCUUAUUCAUAUCACAAUGCACUCUCUCCUUCAGAGUCAUUCUUUAUCCCCGGUACAUCCAAAAAGGGAGGGGGGCAUGGGCAGAACCCCCCCCCCCCCUCAACCUAUAGUGACAUUGUCAAAAAACUUAAUCUAAUGUUUAUCAAUAUAUGAAGAGGUGGCAUUAAUAUGGUCUUCAGAUAUUUUGUGAAUGAGAUGGCAGCUCUCUUUUCCAUAGCCGUGUUACAGGAUCUUGUAGCUAAUAGUCAAUAGGUCAAAGGGCAAAGUUAUUUUAAUUAUGUCGCAGCCAGCCCUUGAUUCCCUACCUUUUUUAGAUCUUGGCUGCAGAACAAUUAUGAAUAGUGUAAAAUAUUGUAGUUAAGAAAUAAUACAUUAUAGCCUUUAAUGAAGAGCCAUUCUUAUAAUGCCAUAUGAAAUUACAAUCAGUAAAAUUAGAGUUAUCUUUAAUCAAAAUGGAAUUCUGUAAUUUGUGCUAAAAGUAAUGCAAGUGAUUUUCUCAUAUGCCUACUUUGUAAAUGUCACAUAGGUCAAUUCUGCAUCUCUUCCUCUUUUCAUACGAUGUCAUAAUGAGAAUGUUUCUUUACAAACAGUUAAAUAAAAGAGAGGAUUUCAAGGAAUAAAUCUGUACUUACUCAUAUUUUGAAGAGUUCUAAAGAAAAGCUUUAUAAUGUAGCAUUGUUCUCCAUAUGUUAUGAAUGCUAUGUAUUCAUGUUAAAAAUAUACAUGUUGAUUGUGUCAGAGUACUGGCAUGUAUGUUUAUCUUUACAAAAAUUAAAAGUUUCUGAUAUAUUUUUAUUCUAUGUCUUCCAAGAAUCAGUUAUAAAAAGCUGUUUGUAUAUUCAAGAAUAUAUAAUAAAAAAUGCUUCUUGAAAAUGAA